AUGUCCGACUUUGACAUUUACCGCGAACCAUCACACUCUCACGCUCUGUACCGCGAAGGCAGCAAUCAGACUACCACCAGCUCGUACCACCUGCCCACGCCCGAUAGCAUGGCUUCGUUUCAGCACCAACAGCAGGCCGCCCUCCAGCGCCUCCAGCAACAGCAGCAAGCGCAGACCCAGGCUCAGCAGGCGCAGGUGCAGAUGUAUCAGCAGCCGGUGUAUGGGAAUGGCGGGAAUGGGGCUUUUAAUAGACGGCGGCAAGAGUCGGAGGACGUUGAAGGGGAUGGACGGGUCGGUGUGGAAGAUCCACGCCAAGACCGACAAUAUACAGAACUCAAAUGCCUCGGAGACGGUUCAUUCGGCACAGUCUGGCUAUGCGACUGGCACUCUGGAGUCACGCCCGACGUCACGCUAUCAGCCAUGCAGUGCGGAGCUGGAGCGAGGCCGGAAUGGUCGGGGAAGAGGCUGGUAGCGUUGAAGCGUAUGAAGCGGGUAUGGGAGAAUGGAUGGACCCAGGCGAAAACCCUCGGAGAGCUCGCCUCACUACGGAACAUUCCCCCGCACCCGGCCAUCAUCCCGUUAUACGACGCAUUCAUCUCCCCCAAAUCACGCGAACUCUAUUUUGUGUUUGAGUGUAUGGAAGGAAACCUCUACCAACUCACCAAAUCACGGCGAGGUCGGCCCCUAGCCGCAGGCCUCGUAGCCUCGUGCUUUCAUCAAAUCUCCUCGGGCCUGCACCAUAUCCACCGCCACGGCUAUUUCCAUCGAGAUAUGAAGCCUGAAAACUUGCUCGUCACUACCACCGGCCUCGCCGACUAUCUCACUGCGGAUACGCUUGCUGCCAUUAAUGAGAGACGGGGCGGAGAGCUCAAGUAUGAGAAGGACGUAUCUGUUAUCGUCAAACUCGCCGAUUUCGGUCUCGCCCGCGCAGUCGACUCGAAACCGCCCUACACCGAAUACGUCUCCACCAGAUGGUACCGCGCGCCCGAAGUCCUCCUCCGGUCCUCAAACUACGGAGCACCAGUGGACAUGUGGGCGCUGGGCACGAUAUUGGCGGAAAUGUUGAAUCUGAAGCCGCUCUUCCCGGGGGUGAGCGAGAUUGAUCAGGUGUAUAGGAUAUGUGAUACGUUGGGAGACCCGAGUGGGGAGUAUGGGGUGGAUGAGCGGGGGAUUGGGGUUGGUGGAGGACCGUGGAAUUCGGGGAUCAAGUUGGCCAAGAAUGUUGGGUUUUCCUUCCCCAAGCGUAAGCCAAUGCGAUUCAGGAGCCUGUUCAGUGAACAUGUCCCACAAUCACUGGUCGAUUGCAUAGCAGAGCUGCUACGGUAUAAUCCCCGCUACCGCCUCACCUCUGCCCAAUGUAUCGACCACCCAUACUUUCACGAAACGCUUCCCCACCUCCAACAAACGCCGCCUCUACCCCACAUCCCCUUCUCCUCAGGCCAACCUCUCCCCCAUGCUAUCCCCAAACCAAAUCUCGGCGCCGCGCCCAUACAGCCCGAACCGCCGAGACAACUACCCCCAUCACAUGCGCAUACGCCCCACACCGACCUCCCCCGCCCGGCAUUCGCCAACGACGACCUCCGUACCCUCCCUCCACCCCUCUCUACCCCCGACUCGACCGUCUCUUCUGCGCACAUGCACCAGCACCGCAUGUUCUUCCCGCAGCACGUGCACGGCUCGUCGCCGCAUGCGAGCAGCUCGGCGCUGGUCAACCAGCUGAGAGAGCUCGAUUUGCCGACGGAUGACUUGGCGAGUUAUGGGCAUAGGCCGGCGCUGUCGCCGGCGAGUGUUGCGAGGGAGAAGGAGAAGGCCAGGGCGGGGAGUCAGGCGCAGGCGCAUGCGGCGCAUCUCCACCAUUACGUCGGUGAUCUUAAUAUCAACGGAGGGCAAGGCGGAACGGGGACAGCGCCGAGCAGCUCGUCUCGCCGGCAGAGCACGAUGUAUGAUGGGUCGGUGUUUGAGGGGAGUGUGGAUGCGGGGGGGAGGAGUACGCAAGCGCAAGCUCAGGCUCAGGCUCAGGCUCAGGCUCAAGCUCAAGCCCAAGCCCAGGCGCAAGCGCAAGCUCAACAGCAGAGUUACGGGAGGUCAAGUGCCAAUGUCGCUGCCUACCUCCAACAACAGCAACGCUACGCUGCCGAACACGGCGCCCAUCUCCAAAAUCCUUCCCAAGUCUCCCUCAACUCCCUCACCUCCCCUUCCAACCCUACGAUAGGCGGUGCUAGGCCGGAAAAGCUUGGGGUGACGGGUAAGAAGAAGAAGUGGGGGCUCAGCUCGGUGUUUGGGGGUGAUAAGAGCUCGGCGAAUCUGUCGACUGUGGAUGAGCAUGAUUAUAGUGGGACGUCGUCGCUCAAGAGGACGCAGAGCGGGCAUAGGCCCGGAGAGAGGAGUGAAGUGCACCUUGCUCCUGCUGCGGCUUCUUCCAUGGCACUGGGAUCCAGUCCGUUGGCUAUGCAGUCGACUGCAUCUGUCAUCAACCCAGACGACCCAAAGAAGGCAAAGAAGGAAGCCGACCGUCAAGCAAAGGAGCUCGCACGCGCCCAGCGCGAUGCUGCCGCUCUCAAGCAAAAAGAGCGAGCUCGGGCGGUCAUGCAAAAGCGAAACCAGCUCAUCGAAGCGAGGACGCAGACAAAAACGAAGGGGGAGAUUGAGUUCUCGUCCGGGACGUUGGGAUUGGAAGCGCCGUAUACGGGCUCGACGGCCAACUUGGAGUCGACAGCAAACUUGGGAUCGACGGCGAACCUUUCGCAGAUGAAUGUGCCGUUGGGGAGUAUGCGCAAUUACGCAGGGUCGCAUGCGUCCAACUCUCUUGCUAGUGUGCAUUCGCACGAUAGUGGACAUUCCGGGAGGAGCGGAAGGAGUGGGCUGAGCGCAAGGGCGUUGAAAGAGUAUGAAGAGAGGAUGGCUAGUGGGGAUGAUGAGGCGAGGCACAAGGCGAGAAGAAGGGAUGAUGAUGAUGAUCAUUCGAUGAGCAGUUUCGGGAUGGGACUGGGAGCGGGGUCACUGAGAAGCAGAAGUGUUUUGACUGUCGGUACUGUGGACAGCGAUCCUGGACCGAGAAGAUCAAGAUCACGCUCAGGAUGGGAAGACCCUCUCAUCCGACAUAGUUCCCGAGCUCCCUCGGCCUCUUCCACCUCUCUUCCCCCGUUCCAAUCACCCACAAACCGCAGCCACCCGCUCACAUCCCGCUCCAACGUCUCGGUCGAGUCUCAGCUUGCAAACGACUUUAAAGCACGCGCCAAUAUGGGUGCUGCGGCGUCUUCAACUUCAAGUCUGGGUAGGCUGGCACACUCGCACAGUCAUAGCUACCUCGCCCAAGUACCAGUCCACGGUUCCAGCCAAGCAUCUCUUCAUGGACCGAGUGCUUCUCAACGAUCUCUGCCUCUGCAAGGCCACGGGUAUGGGCUGGAAGUACCUGGCGGAUACCCCGCGACAGUCUUGGAGCAAGGCCACGAGAGCGCACCUACGAGUGCUUACGGUCAUCCCAAGGGUGCCGCCGUCUCGCUCGGAGCGGGUAUCGCGAGACACCCAGGAAGCUCGGGCCUUGGGCGUCCGCCGAUGUCUGGUGGUGGUACGGCUUUGCCGAGUAUCAGUAGUUGGGGAGAGGUGGAGGGGGAGGGGAGUGAACCGGGGGAUGGACAGAUUAAUCCCAUGUUCCGAGUUCCUCCUGUUGCGUAUGAGCAGCCGAAUCAGCAAACGCUACCGCCGUUUUCUGAUAUCGCUAGCUAUGCCAGCGGGCACCAACAACCGCGUUAG